AUGGAAGGCAAUGAUGUGGAUGUAAUGUUGUCUGGUAGUAAUAACUCAGUGGAGAGUGAGCAAUUCAGACAGAAAAGUGACUGAGACUUGCCUCACACUGUUUACCUCUUCCUUCUCUCUCUCACUCUCUCUUUCUUCCCCAACUCAUUCUCAUUCAUUCUUCUAACACACAAAAAACUAGUUGGUUGAAUGCAUCACUGCACCUACACAUUGCAACCCAAAUCCCCCAAUUCAAUUUUCUCAUCGUUUCAGCUUCUGAUACUUGGUACUGUGCUCAAAGUUGUUACCUUUUUUCUGUUUGUUUUGUUCUGUUCCACCUUUCAACUAGAGAAGAGUAGCUACCCAACACCCACUUUACUGGAUUUCUAACAGAAUCAGUUUGAUAGCUAAGGCUUUGCUGGGCAGCAACAUUGGUCUGAGCUUGGUGCUGAGGUUGUGCUGGCUUGAUGACGCUUGAAACAUGGCUUGCGAGUGUUUUGUUGCUAACUAUGCUUACCACCACAUUAGGUGCAUACGUGGGGGUAAACAUUGGCACUGAUGUUACUGAUUUGCCAUCUGCUUCGAAUAUAGUUGACAUUCUACGGGCUAAUCAAAUUACUCAUGUGCGUUUGUAUGAUGCUAAUGUGCACUUACUACAAGCACUUUCAAACACAAGUAUUGAAGUAAUUGUUGGUGUCACCAAUGAGGAGGUACUGAAGAUUGGAGAAUCUCCAUCAGCAGCUGCAGCCUGGAUUAAUAAAAAUGUUGUUGCUUAUGUCCCUUCCACCAAUAUUACAGCAAUAGCAGUUGGCAGUGAGGUUCUUUCCACAAUCCCAAAUGUCGCUCCUGUUCUGGUUCCUGCCAUGAAUUCUCUUCACAAAGCCCUGGUUGCUGCAAACCUUAACUUCCAGGUCAAAGUUUCAACUCCUCAAUCUAUGGAUAUUAUCCCUAAGCCUUUUCCUCCUUCUGCUGCCAGCUUUAACUCUUCAUUGAACAGUACUAUAUAUCAACUACUUCAAUUUUUGAAGAACACCAAUUCCUCCUACAUGUUAAAUGCCUACCCUUAUUAUGGAUACACUAAAGGAGAUGGUAUUUUCCCUAUUGAAUAUGCACUUUUCCGACCUCUCCCUUCGGUGAAGCAAAUUGUUGACCCAAACACUCUGUUUCAUUAUAACAGUAUGUUUGAUGCUAUGGUGGAUGCUACCUACUACUCUAUACAAGCGUCGAAUUUCAAUAAUAUACCCAUUAUUGUCACAGAGACUGGCUGGCCAUCAUUUGGUGGAGCCAAUGAACCAGAUGCUACUGAAGAAAAUGCUGAACUCUACAUUAAUAACAUGAUUCAGCGGGUCAUGAAUGAUUCAGGUCCUCCUAGUCAGCCAAACAUAGCCAUCAAUACAUAUAUAUAUGAAUUGUUUAAUGAAGACAAGAGGAGCGGACCCGUAUCAGAAAAAAAUUGGGGCAUCUUUUAUUCCAAUGGGAGUACUGUUUUUCCUUUGAGUUUUGGUGCUUCUGACCAGAUUACCGCUGGAAAUUCUUCAGGAGUUUUUUGUGUGGCUAAAGACGGAGCAGACACCGAUAAGCUGCAAGCUGGCCUGAGCUGGGCUUGUGGACAAGGAGGAGCUAAUUGUGCUGCAAUUCAACCCGGGCAACCAUGCUAUCUCCCGAAUAAUGUGAAAAGUCAUGCAUCUUAUGCUUACAAUGAUUAUUAUCAAAGAAAGCAUAGUACUGGUGGAACUUGCGACUUUGACGGUACCGCUACAAUUACUUCUAAGGAUCCUAGUUCUUCAUCCUGUAUAUUUACUGGAAGUUCAAACUCGAGCACUGGUGGAUUGAGUCUACCUCCAACGGCACUUGGACCAUCAAGCCCCUUUGGUGGAAGUAUGAAGCUGCAAGUUUGUAGCCUUAAGUAUUUGAUAUCUGCAAUUGCUGUAUUUUUAGCUCUGUGAAUGCUCAUUAAUGAUUCGUGUAGUGUAUGUGUUCAUCAUCGAUUUUGUUUCUAACUUUUCUUGUCCAUUUUAUUCUUCAGAUGUGUCCCAUCUAGUGCAUUUGGGAUCAUUGUAAUUCAUCACUCUUAAGAUAGGUAGUUAUUUAAUUUAGUUUUUUCUUUUUUUCUUUUUUUUA